CGGUGAUAAAUCUCGUUGAGCGCAAAUGUUAUCUAACCUGUCCAAAGAAACCUGAAGGACUGAGUCAAGUAAACGGAUUUAAUGCAUUUAUUACCAAAGAUUGAACCUCGACGGUUUCUAGCGCGGACGGCUUGUAGUCUCUGUUACUGUGAUAUCGUGUAGACUUUAUUCGAUGGCUCUCUUUACUCCUACGAACCAAAAACGGUUGACUAACAUAUCUGUAGUUCGCCUUAAAAAAGGUGGUAAUCGUUACGAGUUGGCAUGUUACCCAAACAAAGUGCAAGCUUGGCGAGACAAGCUGUACGUUAUGAACUAUCAAAUUACGCUACAGUGAAACAAAUUUAGAUGAAGUUUUACAGGCUCAUUGUGUCUUCACGAAUGUCUCAAAAGGUCAGUUCGCUAACAAAAAGGAAAUGUAUGUACAUUUCCGUACAGAAGAUGAAAGACAAAUAAUAAAGACAGUAGGCUAUCGUUGUAAUAUCCCAAGUUUUUAGAUACUAGAACAUGGAGAAUUACAACUCACAGAAAAGGAACGCCUUGUAGGACAACAGGCUUUGUUUAGAGAUGUGGCUAAAAUAGUGUCUGAAAGAUGCGUAAACCCUGAAAACAACCGGGCAUACACUGUCACGAUGAUAGAGAAGAUGAUGAAAGAUUGUCACAUAUCCCUGAAGGCUAAUAAAAGUGCUAAACAGCAUGUAAGUUUAGUAGCAAUUCGAGUCGCUCCAGGCUUUAGAGGUAAUUAAACAGUUACGGUCGGCUCCUGGAUUUAAAAUUGCUCCUUCAAUGAUGGAAGUGAAUAUUACCAUGCAGAAAGACUCAUGUGAACCUGUUAUCGAAAGACUUUUGCAACUAUGCAAUGACAUCAUACAACAAAGUGAAUCACCCGAUGGACUUUACGACUUGGUUAGUUUGGAUUUAUCAUCGAUAAACUUUAUCACCUUAUCUGAUGUCAUCCGUCUUUUUAUGACAUGGAACUUCUACUUUUAUAUACCUAUAAACUUUCCCAUACUGUUUGUGAGUAGUCGAAUUCCUAAGCUUCCUGACGACUGAUAUUGUCCAAACGGCCUCCUAGGAGGCACUCAAGAAGAGACUUGACAUGUUCUUAAAGGCUCAGGACAGUAUUCCACUAUAGGAUAUCAGCAUUUCUCUUUGGGUCGUCGGGUUCUGGUGUGGAUGAAUCGGUGAUGCACUGCUACUAAAUAGGAAACCUGUUAAGAGGAGAACUCUAUUCCAUCUCCCACCAUUUGAACCAUUAUUAUUUAGAAGUAACACUACUAGUUUGGUAUAGAGGCGUUAUGUUCCCUAAACUGGAGAGUGAACAAAACCCAAGCAGCUUAUUUGGCAUCAUCAUGAUGGUUAAUCGGUCGCUUCAUAUUGACAUAUAAGUUUACUGUUUCAUUCACAAAUUUGGUAUUUCUUUUCGUCUGCUUCAAAACCAGCAUUAGCUAUAUAUAUACGUUGACAAAAGUGAUGGCUGGUUCAGUACACUUGAAGUUAAUUCAUACAGUGUGGACCUGGUACAUCGUUAAGUAUAUCACAAAAUUGCAAUUUUUGACCGAAUUCAGUCAGAUAUGUUUUGAAAUACACAGUCAUCCUCCCAAGCCAACGUAACAAUCGAUACCAUUUCCAAGGUCCUUUAGUAUCAGAAAUGGAAAAGUGUAUAUCCCGCUAGGGUUUGACGGUAUUUUGGCACACUUUAUCUACAAACAUGUCUCUCCAUCCUUGUGGAGUUUUUUCUUUACCUUUUGCUUUGACAUCAUACUUCACCUCAUCCCCAACUGGUGCCCUAAAAUAAAUGCUAUUUCAACGUCCAAGUCAUGCUUCACAUAAUACAGUAUAUUUUGUUGACUAUGACUGGAAUCCUACACUAUAGAACUAUCUCGUGUCAUCGAGGCUGCCGUACAAAAUUUAAGAGUGAUUAUUCGCUUGACUUCGCUCAACCUAGAGGAACGUGUAGGGUUUUUAAUCGAAGAAUCAAUACAUGCAGGAGGUUUGCAUGAAUUCACCAAAUUCCGAUACGUUUGACUCGUGCAAUACGUCUACUUGCUUGUCGAAAAUACAGUAUACUGUGCAGUAGUCUCGUGUAUUAUCUUAUAGCUGCAUGAUAGCUUACUUCAUUGAGUCUGUACAAGCCGGGGGUAAUAUGAUGUGCUAAGUGCAUUGUUAAAAUGUGCCUCCUGAGUGAGUAAUGCUAAAGUUAUCGAUGUACUAGAUAAACUUAAUUUAUUGGUUAGUCAUACUGUAGAGUUUUUUGGGACAUUUCACAUAUGUCUUGUUAUUACGUGUCCCAACAUGUAAAAAUGUUAAUGUUGUGGUAAAAUAGAACAAGAAACCUAAGAUGGUCAGGUCGAGUUUGCUUUAAUACUACAAAUCAUUGUGUGUGGAACUGCAUCAUGUUAUAAGGUUGAAUCGCUUGGUUGGAGUUUGCGAGACAAUCCUAAUCUGUGCCUCAGGACUGCUGACAACAUUUCGGAAUGCAUCCACUUUUUAGCCCUCUAUAAGUUUUGAUAUUAGUUGAUAUUUUUAUUUACCAAAUUAACACAAUUUUGAGUUCAUCUACAUUUUUAGUUUUCACUAACACUGAUGUUAGUUUUCUGUCGAUCCUUCGGUGUACUGAUGAAAAGUUUGGCAACUUUGACUAACGCAUAUUUGUUCCAGGUCCUGGGUUGUUUAUGAUUUAGACUACAUUACAUCUAUUUUCGCGAACAUUCGUUAAAUCUUAAAGGCUAAAUCAACUCGAAUUCCCAUACUGUUAGCAUGUUAGUAUAUUUAGUGUGUUUUAUUUUGUCGUAUUCAAGAAAGCUUCAUGUUUUACUUUUAAGACAGCUGUUGUUGAACCUGAGAAAUAUGGCUCUAUCGAAACACUUCUCCACAACGAAAUAAAGGGUAAAUAUUCCAUAGAAAUUUCCGAUGGUACGAAGUGUAGUCACAAAGGACUCACAAAUUUAAACUCUGCUUUAACAGUAAAAACAGAAGUUGGGGAAAGAAAAGUUGUGAAAAAUGUUCCAGAUAAAAAUGUUUCAUCGCAGUUGAAUGACAAUAGGAUUACUCAGUCAUCUGAAGCCUCAGUUUCUGUCGAAAAGAAAGGCAAAAAUACGUCCAAGAGAAAGAAUAAAAAAGGUUCCAAACGUAAUGAUGAUUGGUCUGAUGACUAAUCUAGCUGAUUGUUGUGCUGUUAACUUAGUCUUCAACCAGUCGGAUUUAUAAUGAUUUGUUUUCUUCUCUACCCUUAAUGUGUAUCAUAAAUUAAUAAAGUCAAUUUUUUAUGCUCUGACUUCCCAAUUUAAAUAUCUGACUUCAGCGCCUUUCAGGUUACUAUCAGUCUAUAAAACCUCAUUAUUACUGAGAUACAGUGGACUUCGUAUAUCUCAUUUGAUAUCGAUUAUCUAAAUGUUAGAGCUUAUUUUCUGUCACUUCACGCAACCGGACUCAUUGAUAUCUACACGCUUAAAGGCUAACCGAAAAACAUAUGAAUUGAGAGCUAGCGUGUUUUGGUAGCUUUGCAUUCGUUUGUCAUUGUAAUGCGAUAAACCAUGUUUGUAGGAGCUUUUAACCACUUAAAUAACCAGACUUUGAAAUUAAAAAAGGAUAUUCAAACCAGUUAUUCAUAGACCUGCAAGCAAAGUUAAGCUGUCUUCUUGCCAUCCUUAAUAAUACAGUUAACGUCAGUAAUGUCAAGCUUGGUUCACUGUUCGUGAGAACAGUUCUCUAGUACAUAAGGAAAGUCUGUUUUAGAAUGAUCACGAAUUGAACGGGUAUGCGUUCUUACCUACAAAAGCUGCUUUCUAGGUCGGCCCUAGAGGUCAAAUCCUUUUCCAUUUCUAGUGAUAAUAUUAGAUGCUUAUGUAAAUAGUUCUCUGGACAUCCUAGUGGAUCUUUAGAUCGGUAAAUCUUGUUGAUGUUUCAUGGAAUUUCGAUUUCACAAAUUUGUUUAUUUUUACCUAGAGAAAUAAGUCAUGUUUAUCCUAGGAAUCGCUCAGUUAUAAAUGACGAAACUGAAGAUAUAUCUUCAGACAUGCUAUGUUUAUCAUUUCUAGUAGCUAGUUAUUCAUACGCUCAGACAAACUCUUCGAAAGCUUCUAAUAUGUCACAUGACAGCCCGUCGGACUGUCUGUCAUAGUACAUCAAAAAGUCAUUAUUUCAUAUCUAAUUAGCUCAAAUGCAUAGUUUAUCAAUUAUAUAGAAAGAACAUACAUUUUAGCUGUUGGAGGACAGGGAGCAAUCAUUCAUUUUGAUGAAACUAUGCUGAAUUGACAGCCUUGAGCGUUCAGUCAAAAUUAAGCUAACCGAUGCGUGAAUCCAAAACGCGGCGAGACUCUAAUUUAGAGACGAGCCAAUCAGAAGCGUUUGAGCAAUUUCAAGGUCACGGAGCCGAGUUCAGUACGCGAUGCUAACAUACAAUCUGUUGACAGCGGAUUUUAGAGAGGAGGUGAUUAAUGAGAGGUUACAACAUGUGGGAUGGCGAGACUCUAAUUUAGGGACGAGCUAGUGAGAAGCGUUUGAGCAAUUUCAAUUAUUAGCCUAUCAGAAGACAGUAUAAAGUAAAAAUAUAUUACAAGAAAGUAAUGAAUUACAGUGGAUAUUCUUCUUUUACAUGAUCAAAAAACUUGUUACGAUUUGAUAAAGGCUCAGAAGUUCUGAAUUCAUAAUGCAUACGGUAUGGAAACUCGUGAAUAGGGUUAGGGUCAGGCUGCUAAUUAGCAUGAGAUCGGUUCACAUCGGACUUUAGAGGUGUUUGUUGAGAGGCUACAACCCUAUGGACGAGUUUCUAUACCAUAUGCAUUAUGAAUUCUGAAACUUUAUCAAACCUUAACAAGUUUUUAAAUCAUGUAAAAGAACAAUAUCCACUGUAAUUCAUGACUUCUGAUUGGCUAAUAAUUGUCAAGGUCAUUUAAGAUUCGUUCAAAGGUCGUCCCUAAAUUAGAGUUUCGCCGUUAGGAAUUAGGGUUGACGUUUUUGGGGUCAACACUUCCCGAGCUUCCAAUUUUGGGUAAACUCCCGAAGUCAAAUGACUUUCACCAAUGUUUGGGGAAUUCUAGGGAUAUCCCCGAAAUAUACUAUAGCGGCUUCCCCAGAAUGUGCGGAAUUUUCCCCAAAAUUGGGAGCUUGGGUUGAGUUCUAAGGGAUGUUGGACUAGGGAUUGUGAACUUGCUUGAUUACAAGACAGUGGUCUAAGGUCUAAGCUAUCAAAAUUUAGCACUAUGAAGUUCAAUAUCGGUGUGCGGUUUUACUAACUGUCUGCACUGUGAAGCCCACGAGGACAGUCGGUACUGUGGUUGGUCACUUUUAACUGACGCCAAGGUCAUCCUUGAUAUAGCUCAGGGUCACGACCGUGAUUUGGUUUCUUGUUCACUUCCUGUAUCCAAAUUAGCUGAGUCCACUCAAGGUCGUCUUAGCACUAGAUCAUGUUGAAGUGCUGUGACCUGCUGAUCAUGAUCAGAACUGCAGUUUUGUGAAUAAGGAUUUAUUGAUAACAUUAUUGUUCUAACCUUUUGUGACGAUUACAAUAAGUAAGGAAUUUCCCCGACAUACUAAAAAAUAUGAGGUUUUAUCAGUCUUUACCCGAGCUCUCACUUUUGGGGGGAAAUUUGGCACAUUUUGGGGAAAUGGCACAAUAACCCCGGAAUUUCCCCGAACUUUGGGGAAGGCUAUUUCACUUUUGGGAUUUCCCCAAGGUUGGGAACUUGGGUAGUAAUAAGGAUAGUAGGUUGGUGAACCAGUGUUAAUCUAAGAAAACAAAUGGAUUUCCCCCAAGUUUUUGAAAUUUCUGCGGAUAUAUUUAGAACCCAAAAUCGAGAGAUCGAAGUUAACCUCGCUAUUACAUGUUGUUCUACAGGACUUUUAUUGUGAUCUGUCCAACUCCUAUAAUAACUUCAAUGAUCGGUGGGCAGACGUAGCAGACUGUUCGUUACUUCCCAUUUGCACCUGAGUUUUAGAAAGAAGAUUAUUGCUCGGUCACUGCAUUAUAAAAAUAUCUCACUGUAUCUGAGUGGCUUUCCACAGUUAAUCUCAACCAACUGGGAUCUCGCAUGGUAGCAAGACCCAGUUAUUAGGUCGUGAAAUGUUCAAUCUAGGUGAUUUGAUUAGUUACAUUCUCAUUUUCCAGUUUAUUUGUAUCCCUUAGAUCUCCCUAUCAUUUCAGAUAGUUGUUUGCAUGUAUUUAUUUACUUUAGAAGUUCCUGUUCGUUUAUCUGGCUGACAACUUGAAGAUUUUAUGCUUGUCCAAUGUUUAUGAAGCAUGAAUAUAUAUUAUUAUGACUUUUCUAGAUUCACCCUUCCUAUCAAUUUAAGUGGACUCCUUACUAAUGUUAAAUUAUUUAGAUGGUUGUGGACAGAGUAGAAAUUUUUUUUACCAAACACGUUUUUGUAUCUAGUAGCAAUGGGUCAGCGGUGCUCCAGAUAGAGAUUUAGUGUUAUAUGCUGUCAUGGGACCUUAAGAAUAUAUCAAGUUUCAUCUUGAAUCUCUCCUGGAAAGUCGUUCGAACUACCUCAGUCGGUGGCGAAUUCCAGGACUUGACUAAUCAUAAGGUAUGUCUACAAUCCAUCUUUCUAUAUUGUACCUAUAAUUUCUGGGUAUUAAUCCUCAGGUUUGUGUCGGGACUGGACCUAAGUAGGUAUCUUUAAGGGUGUCUAAGUGUUCAAGAUACUACAAGUCAUUAAAAGAUCACCUCUUAGUUACCAAUACGUAAGUUGGUAACGAUCUUUUUCGACCUGAAACAAGUAGAGCUCAUUGCCUAGGUUGUAUUGUUAGUCUUUCUUAAGUUCCAGCUUAUAAUCCCGGUUAUAAUUGUCUCUCCAAAGCUUAUCAUAGUAAGCGAAAAGGAGUAUUUCGGAUGAUACUUGCAGAGGAAGGUCAUUCUUACAAGUUUGAAAGGAAAAAGGUCCUAGUACCGAAUCCUGAGGGGCUUCAUCAAGACGUUCUGAGGCCAGAGAAAAGUUAAACUUUAUCCUGAGCUUGAAAAUUCGACUUUGUGAAUAUGAGUUAUAUCAGUCUAUCUGUGGUGGUGUUCUCUCACGAAAUCGUAUUGUUGAAGUAUAAAAAGUUCUCCAAAGUUGGAAAAUGAAGGCCUUUAAAAUGCUAUAUUAUCUAUGCUUCUGUCCUAUACCUUUUUAUUUGAUUUGUUGCUGCUAAAUUACUCAAAGCAUGUAGUUUCAUUGCCAACACGGGAUUUGUAGAGUAAGACAGUCCGUCAGGUGAUUUUGGGGUUCAGAGAAGCUAUUGUCAUUGUUUACGUUCAAAAAUUCCAGUUAACAAAAAAGUAUGGGAAAGUUUCGUUGCGCUACUCUGGUGCUUUUUUUAACAGUCUCACUUAACCUAUUUUCUAUGUUGUUUAAUAAACGGACCACUAUAGGAAUUCUCAAACUACCUAAAACGACUUUUGUUCUGGCUGAUAUGUUUUUCCUGUCUUUAUCUUGAUCUCGUCAGUGUUGUUAAACGGGUUAUUGUUGUAUCAUUUUUUACAUAUUCUGUGACCGUUUUUGAAAUUCAACGUAGUGCUCACACUAUCGAUCACGGGUAUUUCAGAAUACUAGAAAUAAAAUAAAGACACCCAGAAUAUAUCUCACUAAUCUUUUUAGUUACUCAGUAUACUUUAAGGCUUUUAAUGGCCCUCCAUGGCUCAGCUUGCUCAAGAUCUCAUCUAUGGGCCUGCAAAAGAAAUAAUCUGCAGACCACUACAAGGAUCUAGUUAUGAAAUUUACACUGAAGUUAGUUUAUCAGAAUCACUGAGUAAUCAGCCUAAAGAAUUUGAAUCAAGUAUGACGAAUCGUAAAUCAUUUUGGCUAGAAACAAUACAAAAACUUGUCCAUAUUUUUAACUUGUGGUGACAAACCGUAUAGAAUCAAAUGAAAUAGGUGCGAAUAUAUAGCUCUUAUAGUAGUGCAUUCAGGUGUAUUAUUAUGUGAACAUAUUUCGGAUUGAGAUUAAAUUUCAGCUAUAUUGUCAUGACUCUUCAAUACUCAGUAACCAUCUUCCAUAUUUCAGCUAGAUCAUCAGUAGUUUGGUCUAUCACAAACCAUCGGAUAGUUCAUGGAUCGAUGGCGUGUUUUAUUUUGAUGUUGGAGUUUGCGUUUAACUGUAAACCUAGUCAAGUGACUCGAUUUCUACAAGCUAAUUCAGGUCCAGGCUUACAACACAUGGGACUCGCCAUUGAUAACAUUAUAGAUGUAGCAGCUACCUGUCAUCAAAAUGGUAUAAAAUUUAUCACUGCUCCAGACGUCUAUUAUGAAGCUUUAUCUCAGCGUAUCAACUUGAAAGAAUUUUCUUUGGAUUUAGAAAAACUUAAAACAACUGGCAUACUUGUAGAUAAAGAAUUAAACAAUGAAGGCUAUCAAAUAGGAAGUCUACUACAAAUAUUUACUGAACCAUUGUUUCAGAAAGAUGGGUUUUUCAUGGAAUUAAUUGAACGUCGUAAUCAAUCAACUGGUUUCGGUGAAAAUAAUAUCAAUGCUUUAUGGGAAGCAUUGGAAAUAUCACAAACAUUGUAAAAUUAUUUAGUCAAUUGUAUACCAUCAGUUUAAUAUUUCAUUUUUAAUCAGUUAUGUUAUAGAGUAUCAUAUUGUUUUCUUUAUCCCACUGUUUAUCGCCUCGCUUUCCAUCGGCACUUGAGAAAUAAGAUGCUGUUUUAUACUUAAUUAACAGAGAACAACAGAUAUAGACUGAAAAAAAUUAAUACAUGGUUCGAGUAUGUAAUUGUUGUCUUAUUUUCAGUUUAAUAUUUAAAGGGAAAUAAAAAAGGUAGUUUUCGUCACGAAUGGACUGUAUAAAUUCUGCUCUGCAUCUUUUUUAUACACUUGCUCCUGUAAACACUUGUAAAUGUGUAAGUCUAAUUGGAUGCAAUAUUUGUAUAAUUAUCAGAAAUCUAGCAUUACAUAUUUAUUAACCACUGAAUACACUCUCUAUCUUACCGAAUAGAUUGGCUUUGGUUACGUAAACUAUGUUUAAUGCUUGAUAGUUCUAUUUCUAUACAAUAAUAUUCAGUUCUGUGGAGUUAAUAAAAUAAGGUUAGGAAUAAUGUAGGAAAGCUUUUCUUUGUCAUCAUGCUAAACAUACUAUAAAUAACAAAGAACUGUUUGGCGAGUCGAACCAGUUAGCUUCAUUCAAAAUAUAGGUUCAUUUAAUAGGUUUUACUGUUGUAUUCUUAACAUUUUUACAGUUUCUGAAUAUUAGUAGAUAGCAUUCGAAUUUUAUCUCCGGUUAUUUUGUUUUGUAAGGAACUUAUCAACAGAAUGUAAUUACACCAUAGUAAUUUAGAACAUUAACGUAAGUCAGUGGGAAAUUUUAAAUCACCAAUCUACUUCGUCGAAGAAGCACUAAUAACUAUGAUAUGUAGUCAGAGGUCUGGUUUCUUAGAAAUAAUGCAUACUCACAAGUGUAUUUGAGUAGUAUCACUCAUUGACUGUGUUUUAUUACGACUGAAUUGAGAAAAAAAAACAUUGCCAGUUUACAUUUAUUGGUUGUUUGAAUCUUCCCAUUAAUGUUUAGGAUUACAAUUGACCACCCGUUUUUAGCAUAUGUGGCUUUUGUGCGGAUUGCCUCGAUAUUAUCCUUAAUUUACGAGUAUUAUGACCAGAGGUGAGGGAUGUCUAUCAGUGGGGUCCAGGACUCACGUUUCGUCCCGUUUGCGACUCUUCAGUCGGAUGUACCUGCAUCUCAGCGUUAACGUCCAUUUCCGAACUUAGAGCUUAUGACUUUGUAGCAACAUUGUUUCAGAUAGUUUAUCCUCUUUUGUUACUUGGUGUUUCUUUCAUCUAAAAAACGUCCAAACUGUCUUUAAUAUGUCUAAGUUGUCAUUAGUCUACCGAUUCGAAUGUAAUCUUUUAAACAAAAGUAACAAUGUAAAUUUGAAUUCUGAUCCCCAGUGCUAUCCAUGAUACCUUCUUUGCCCUAUUCGAAAGUUGUCAAAUGAGUGUACAUUCAUUCUGAGGUUUGCAUUUAUGCUGAGUCUUGAGCCCUGAAACUAUCACUUCAAGUGCCAACGGGUUAUGUGUGAGCUAAUGAAUCCGAAUGAUCACUAGUUUAACCGAAAUUAUAAUGUAUUUGUUGACAUACCUAGCUCCUCAUCAUGUUCCUCAAUACAAAGUUUUAGUUGCAAAUUUUAGUGUCUUUAGCUUGCAGGUAGCAGUGGGAUCUAGUGUCUGCGUUUCUUUUUGUUUGAGAUUGAUCAGAUGAAUGUAAAUUGACCCUAGAGUUCUCAUAAUCGGGGACCCAAUAUUCUUUCUUUAGUAAAAUGAUCGUCCUGCAAUCUACUACAAACGUUUUUUAAAUUUGAAAUUCGCGAAUUGUAUCUUCGGUAUAUAACAUUAAAUGAUCCUUAAACCAACUAAAGUGUAUCGAUACCCUUCUAAGAUCACUUUCAAUUGUGUUUAUAAAUGUAUGUGUGCUCUUAAUGACAAGUACAUAAGAAGGACUAUAAGAAAAGCACUUAAAGGGCUUUCUGAACAUAUUCCUCGAAAACUGGGGAGAAAUGUAGUGCUUACAGGUGCAUUCACAAGACAUUUCAUGGACAGUGGACAAAGUGAAUAUCACAUGGACGUUUAAAAUACUUAACUAGCACGGAACAAUGGUUUGUAUAAGAAUUUGACAUCAAGGGAUUUCAACGUGACCCUUGUAUACAGAAAGAAAGUACAGUAAACCUAUCGUUGACAUGGUGAAAUAAUCAUAUCGUUGUAGUGUGCCAAGUGCAUAAUCCCUUUAAUUUAUAUUUUAAACAUUCGGCCUUAUUAUUGCCCAUUUACUAUGAAAGUUGCUUUCUUCAUUUUAUAUCCCGGUUAUUAUUUGUGAUAUCGCUCCUUUCUUUAAACGACUUCAUCUUCAGCACAUAAGUACUAAUUAAUCUUAACUAUUGCACUAAUUAUGUUGUUAUCUCUUCUAGUUUUUGGUGGUUUUAUUUUUCGCUAUCGCUUCAAAUCCAAAUUUAUUGAAUAAAAAUAAAGAGAAUUCAGCGAAGAGAAUUACCUUUUCGAUUUAAUCAUUCACUUACACUGUAGAUUUUUAUCUAUAAUUGUUUGAUAAAGAAGGAACCGAUUUGGAAAAUUUCUUCAUAUGUACAGUAGAGCCAUUUAUACUAUCAUAUUGACAUAAAUAUUUUAUAAUCAGUCAUUUGUACUUCUAUUGAUAAUGCUUCUUCUGUUUCGGUACAACCAUAAUGGGAUAAUUCUUAGUAUUUUCGUUUUGAUAACUAAAGUAAUUACAUUACUCCCUUCAAAAUGAAUUAAACUAUAAACAGGCAGAUCAGUUAUGUUAUAUGUAAUCAUAGAAAUUCUUGAUAUUCUAUGGUAAUUCAGCUUGUAUCUAAUUGAAAUAAAGUGUUGUCUGGCAUUAGUUAAAUCUCCAAUUCAUUAACAAGGAUUUUUGUCAAGGAAUUUAUUAUGAUAAACGAUGGUCAGUUGGAUAUUGAGCAGUCAGGAAGAUUAUAAACUAUAAUCAUUAAAUGUGUUGUUAGGUAUUGAUAAAUGAUGAAAGUCCUCAAACUGUCAAAUAAAUAUCGGAAAAUAAAGCCAAACACUAUACAAUAUGACAGGGACAACCACCACUAUUGCGUGAGUCUGGUUGGUCGCUAGGACAUUGGGGAUCAUUAAUGGACAUCGUUAGCAAUCCUCUAAAGAAAGCUACCUGAUUUUCUCUUCAUACUAAUAUUAGUACAAGUAAAUGAAGAUACUAGCAUAAAAAGUUCGUCGCAUAAUUACAACACGCUUAUCAAAUAUCUUAGCUUAAAACCGAAACGAAACAUUGGACCGAAACUGUACUAAAAAAGAUCAAAUUGGAUUUCAGUAGCCCUCCAAGUCAAUUCUUAGGCUAGAUUACUAGCGCUACCCAAUUUAAACAGGAAUUUAUGGAGCGUCACUGUAAAAUAUAAAUAUUUUCUCUUUACUUGGAGAGAUUGGUUUAUAAUGGGUUUUUUAAUUAUGAUAAAGAAUUUUUCUAGUUCCACCGUAGUUUAUCUGUAAACAUUUUAUGCAUAGCUGAUUUAACAUUAAAGCUUUCUUCAAGAAACUUAUUAUGUUUCAUUCAUUUUUUUCAACAGGUAUUCUUACGGUCAAGCGAUAUCAAUUAGUACUUUUAUUUGUAGAAACCAAAACGGUUCUUUCCUUCAUUUAGAGAUGAGUUCACUAGCCAAUUAUUCUGAAAAUUUUAGAAUAGAAAGUUAGGUUUUUUAUAUCAUUUAACUUUCGUUUAGUCUCUAUGUAGUUUUCAAAUGGAUGAUAAAUUUAAUAGACGAUAAUUAAUGUAAUGUUCUGAUGUCGUACCGGUAACAAAAACUUUUACUCACCUACAAAAUAUCCGUAAUCAGUUAGGUAGAACAUUAAUAAUACUAACAAAAUAUCUCACUACGUGAUAAAUACACUGAUUAAUUACAGCGACACGAAAUCUUCGGAAUUCAGCAUUAAUCAAUAAUGCUUUAUAUGAUUAUUCGGAACACUUUUUUUCACAUGUACAUAAUUUUAAUUAUCAUGUUCUGAAACCUGGUCAAGUUCAAUUAUCUUGUAAAAAUUAUGCUUACAUUUAGUGUAAACUACUAAUCAUAGUAAUUUCAAUAUUCAAUCAAUGUAUUCUGAAGAAAAGAAAACUAGUUAGUAUUUAUUUCAUGUGAAAAUAAUGAAUAUUUUCCAUUUACCUUGUCUAUUAUAUACGCAUCAUUUGCACCACAAAAUAUUUGAUAAUUUCAUAACGGUCAUGUCAAGUUUUUCCACUACUCAAGAGACACUUUUAAUUGAGGAUGUAGAUACGUUAAGUUUUGUGUCAAACAAAUAUUUUCAUAAGAAAAUAUAUAAAGAUGUUACAUAAUAUAUUUCUUUAAAGUAUUUCUUAAUAUUUGAGUAACAAUCUACUCAGUUUUUUAAAUGUGAAUAGAACUAAAAUGGACCUCAGUUACAUGGGAGAUUUUGUUGAAAAGAUAGAAAUUGAUGAG